AUGUCAGGUGCUAGAGCCAUUGUCAAGACCUUGGACCAUCUCGUGCUCACCUGCGCGAGCGUUCCCAAAACAGUAUCUUGGUACACUACGUACCUGGGAAUGAAGGCCGAGACAUUCACCUCACCCUUAGAUCCCUCGGUUCAGAGGACAGCACUCAAGUUUGGCCCACACAAGAUAAAUCUGCAUCAGCAAGGCAAGGAGUUCGAGCCCAAAGCGAAAACGGCAUUGCCCGGCACAGCGGAUCUCUGCUUCCUUGUACAAGACGGCACAAAUCUCGAUGAGCUUAUUAAGGGUUUCCAAGAAGAUGGCAUCCAGGUGCUCGAAGGCGAAAAGGUUGUCGCCAGGACUGGAGCACAAGGCCCUAUUCAGAGUGUCUACGUUCGGGACCCGGACGGAAAUCUCAUCGAGUAA